AUGAAUCAUAGUACUGACGUUUCACCAGCUCGAGCAAAGGGGACUUUUGAAUUAGGAUCUUCAUGGCAGAGUGAGGACGAAUCAAAUGAAGAGAAGCCUGACCUCCCUCGGAGUUUUACGGGGUCUCUCGUUGAGCCGGGGUUUCGAAGUAAGUUCGUCGAACAGCGACAACUUUCGAUCGGAUCAAGCCUUCCGACCUCAGAAGCAAUUCGCAAAGUCCGAAGCUCUGUGCGUUUCGCAGACGAGGACGACAGCAUCCCUGCAGACAAGGGUAAGAGAGUAGAGCGGCCCGGUCUGGAUGAAGGUGAUGAUAGGGAAAAGCGCGGGCGGUCGAACAGCCAAGUUCUCACCGAUAGCGACGGAUCAGAGGGCGCUCCCGAGCUUCAACGGGUGCACAGCCAGCUCAGCAUGCUCAUCAAGGACAAGAGGAAGCAGAGCGGCAGUCAAGACCUUGGGCCGUGCUCACAACCCGAGAGUGAAAGAGCUGCCGAAGCGCGUCGCAAGAGGGAGGAGCUACUCAAGCAAGGUCGACAAGCUGCUGCACCCAUCAUACCGACAUCGAGACCAGGGAGACCAAGCUAUGAUGACGAGGGUGGGAGAGAUCGCUCGCCCUCACCCAAUGCGACGUUUUAG